AUGUCCCAAACAAUUAAUUCACUAAUUCUCCAUAGAGACUACCCACAAAUGAGGAAUAUCAUAGAUACAAUAAACUAUCUUCACCCCCUUUCUCGUAAAAGUUCUACGAAAAUCCAUACUCGCAACUCAGGGUUUGUUGGGAAAAUGGCUGAACAAACGAAGCAACAACCAGCUUUCACUAAGAUUGACCAACUUCGCCCUGGUGCUUUUGGUCUUAACCUGACUGUAAAAGUGGUUAGUUCAAAGAUGAUCAUGACAAGAGGAGGUCGAAAUGGGACUCAAGGACGCAACAACAUGCGUCUUGCUGAAUGUUUAGUUGGUGAUGAAACUGGAAUUAUUGUCUUCACUGCUAGAAAUGAUCAAGUGGAUGCUAUGAAGGAGGGAAGCAGUGUGAUUUUGAGGAAUGCAAAGAUUGAUAUGUACAAAGGGUCAAUGAGACUUGCAGUGGACAAAUGGGGUCGUGUUGAAAUUACUGAUGCAGCUGCUUUUAGUGUCAAGGAAGACAGCAAUCUUUCACUUAUUGAGUUUGAACUUAUCACUGUUGAAGAAUGACUGAAUGAGAUGAGAUCAUGCCUAUGUGUUCUUGUAUCAAAUGGCAAACUGUAAGUUUCUCUUAUCCUUUCUGGUUUUGGAUUAGAGUCAGGUUAAUGUUUUUAUCAUCAGUUAUCAUGAUAUGAGAUGAGAGAUAGUCUUUUUCACUUUUGAGAAUAGUAUAAGAACUUGAGAGUUGUUUAUGACUAUGUAUACCCUUUGUUUUUGAAUUAUAUUUUCAGCAUAUUUAACAUGAUGACUAAGGUUGC